AUGCUAUUCCUUGCCUCACGAGGCCUCUCGAACCUUCCUCAUAUCGGGUCUCACCUAAUCCUCGUCGUCGACCUGCAGGAUAUCCUGGUCUCGCCCAUAACCGUCGCCGUCAUCGGUGCCGGCGCUGCUGGCCUCUUUGCCGCCAUGGAACUUCAGCAAAGAAGGCCGCACCGUCGUCGUCUACGAGCGGGCAACCCAGGUUGGGGGGACCUGAGCCUACAAACCAGAAAACAGAGGCCGACCCGAUGGGACUCGAUCCGACCCGAAAAGUCAUCCACUCUAGUCUCUACGCCCCUUUGCAGACGAACUUGCCGGAAGGUCAUGGGCUUCCGGGCCUACCCAUUCGUGGCUAGCGGGAAGCCCGAUAGAGAUCCGAGGAGGUUCGGGAGUGAGGUCUCACUUGUGGGGUUGGCGGAGGGUCGAAAAUGGUCAGUGAGAUCGAAAAUUGGGAAUGGGGGACAUGGAUACGAUGAGGAUGACUACUUGGACUGCUUUGGUGAACCUGAAAAGAUCGGAAAGAUUGGAACAAAUAUUGAGGACUUCAAGUGCUCUUCGCUGGUUGUGAAAGCCCUGGAGCUCUGUAAUGAAGAACAAAAGAAAAUUCUGUAUGAGCACUACGGAAAGGAUAAUCCAGCAGAUGUUUCGAAAAUCAAAGCCCUCUACCAUGAGCUUAAUCUACAGGGCAUAUUUUUUGAGUACGAAGCUAAGAGCUAUGACAGACUCACGAGCUCCAUCAAGGCUAUUCCAAGAAAACCCGUGCAGGCCGUGCUGAAGUCCUUCCUAGCCAAGAUAUACAAGAGGAAGAAAUAA